AUGGCAUGGUUAUGCGCUCGUUCGAUCCUUCAAACAUGUAGACGAUCAAUUUCUUACAGCUCUGCGUGCGCAAAGAAAUUUGCCGAUUCACUCGAUCAUGCCACUGGCUUGGAGAAAAGAGAAAUGCUCGCUUAUAUGGCUGGUAAUGAUGAUCCCUACAAUAUGACCAUAAAGCGACGACUAGACAACACAAAGGAAAAUCCCAAUUUAGUCUACAGUGCAUUUGACAGUCGUAUGAUGGGAUGCAUUUGCGACGAGGAUGCAAUGCAUGUAAAUUGGAUGUGGUUGCACAAAGGUCCUCCACGCCGUUGCGAAUGUGGCCAUUGGUUUAAGCUGGUGGAGAAGGCGCCUAUAUAAUAUAUUGAAGAAUGAACUAGCAGACUAUCUCUCAACAUAGAAUUAAUAUUACAUUAGACAGUGACAAUGUCUGUCUAUUUUCAUUUACCACCAUAUUCUUUUUGUUCUUUGUGUAUCCUAUCCAACGAAUAACUAUUUACUGUGGAGAGGUUAUACAAAUACAGGUUUAAUUAAUAAUAUUUUGUUGUUAAAUGAUCUGAAAACUGUACUAUCCCAAGCACUUUAAUCAUUGAUUGAUCACUAUGGAAAGUUAUGGAUUUAUUUUUAAAAAAGCUGAAUUAUAUUAUCCAGAAUUUUUAUAUUCUUUUAGCAAGAUAUAGCAAGUUUUUCUGUCUCAUCAAUCAAAAUUGGGUAUGUUAAAAAAUAAUAUCUACGUAUUAUACAGGAUUAGUCACUAAAAAUUUCAAAGAUGUCCUCAUAAAUAUAGAUUAUAUAUGAAAACAUAGAAGAUAAAAGUUAAAUAAUUUUAAGAGAUAAGCUACAUUUUGAUUAGCUUGGAUGUUUUAGAUGGAGAUAUAGCUAAAGGUUUUAAGAGUUUUUCUUAAGUUUUUUUUACUAGAUGUAUGUAAAAGUUUUAGUCAUCUUUUACACGGUUUUCGCUUUAAGUGGAUAAUAUAUAAUUCAUCCAUC